AGUUAGUGUACGUCGGGUGAUAGCGCAGAGACGUUGCGAACAUGAGGGCUUUCGUACUGCUCCUAAGUCUUGGAUUUGUAGCUGGUGAGUCGGAAUAUGUCACCAGAAAACUCUGCAGAGCUGUGGAUGCAUCGCAGUGCAGCAUCCACAGUGUCAUAGUGGAUCCAUGUCCCCAAGGACCUGCUUUUUGCACCCUGAAGAAGAACAAGGCAUACGGCAUCACACUGGACAUGACUCCACAUUUCCCAGCGGAUAACUUGAAACUCUCAAUCACAAGUGAUGUAAACAACAGUGGAGACUUCUCAACACUCAUCAAGGCUCCUAGCGAUGCCUGCAGACUUCUGACCUGCCCCCUCGAAGCUGAUCAAAGAAGAAUCUUCGAUGUGGACCUGAUGGUUGACAAGAGGUUCUCGGGUAAGUUCCCAGUGAAAAUUAAGCUGUGGAACGAACACGACGAUUCCCAGGCAUGCUGCGUCACCUUCACAGUAAAAGUUAAAUAGAUGUAAUUAGCCAUAAGCAUUUGAUAUUAUAGGUUUAGUUGUGUCUCCAUUUUU